GAGCAGAAGCUACACAAAUCAAACUCAACCACAAAUCAAACUCAACCAGCACCCAGUGGAGAUCGGAGAGAUGGAGUCGCGGAGAGCGAGAGAAAAAGCACUUGCUGUCCGGAACGAGAGACGCUGAAAAAAAAGAUGAUCCGUUAAAUAAAAGACUGCGUCAUGGCUCAUAUCCUAUCGACGGAGAAGGAUUUUAGUUCACCCAACGGGAACAGAGAUGCGAACCUCGUUGCUUAUUAACGGGCGGUUCCGUGAUCCAAAUAGUCCAACUCCGCCCGUGAACGGGGCACGGGACGCAGCGCCUGUGCUAGGCAUCGCACUCUGGCUAGGUGUGGUUUCACAACACUUAGAUUAGCCUACCUAGUUCUUAUUCCACACGCUCGUUCAUAAUUGAAGCUGAAGCCGUCGGGGAUGUGCUAGUCAUCUCGUCGCAACAAAGGGAAGGGCGGCUUUCAGUAACCAUGAGGGCUGUAUCGGCGAAUUUACUUGCACUUCUCUUUCUCUGCACUUGUGCCAGUGUAUUCUACGUCUGGAGCAGAUUGGAGAGAUACAACACGGGACUACAGUUAACGAGUAGGGGGUCCGCUCACAUUGGGCCAUCCCCGGACCUCUCUGCUAAAACUUUCCGGGCUUUGCUCGCCGUUCCAGUAGCACAGAGACUGCAUUUUGGGGGCAUACUGGAUGCCCACAAUCUCACUGGUGUUGCGGAUCAAACUGGCUCUUUAGGAAUCAGAGAUUACCAUAUGAAUGUAGAUAACAAGGGGUCAGCACAGAGGGGGGUCCCGGCCAAAUUGGUCUCUCCGGUUGAGGGGAUUUUUUGGAGUGAAUGGCUUGAGGAUAAGUUUCCCGUCAGCUUCAGUGAGGAACAUGCCCGGGCAUGGAGAGGGAGAGCCCGGGGACACCGGAUUGUCAGACUGGAGCCGGGCUGUGGUAGAAUAUCCAAUCAACUGGCCACUUUUUCGGACCGAUCCAAAGCAUGCGUGCGUUAUGGAAUAAACGCGGACCAGGUGCAGGGGGAAACUUUGACUUAUUACCUGGCUAGUUUGCUGGGUAUUACAAAUCUGCCGCCUCUCAUCCUCGCCCAGUUGAACGUUGACAGUGAACAAUGGGCUUCUGUGAGAAGAAGAAUAGGAGGUUUACAGUGGAGUGAGCGGGCCGUGGUCUCACUCACCCAGUGGGUCGCCAACCUGACAGGGGUAAUCACACCUGCGCCGCUGCGCCAAGAGAGCAAGGGGCUGCGUCCUCUACGGGGGGAGCUGGGGAACAAGACGACGGCGGAGCUGCUCGAGCUAAUGCAGUGGACGGACCUGAUAAUAUUGGACUACCUGUCUGCUAACUUCGACAGGCUCGUUAGCAACCUAUUUAGCCUGCAGUGGGACUCGCGCGUGAUGGAGAGGGAGACCAACAACUUGCUCAGAACACCCCGUGGCGACCUGGUUUUCAUCGACAACGAGGCAGGGCUUGUGCACGGUUACCGUGUACUGGAUAUGUGGGAGAAGUACCACAGCACCGUCUUGGACUCAGUGUGUGUGUUCAGAAAGAGGACAGUACAGCGUGUUAUAGAACUGCACCGGCGCAGGGACACCAGGACUCGGCUGCUCGAGCUAUACAGAGACAGCGAACCAUUGUCUCCGGAAUUAGGGUUUCUCUCUGAUGAACAUGCGGGAGUACUACAGAGUCGAAUAAACAGAUUAUACAAACACAUAUUGCAUUGCAAGGUGAAGUACCAGCUGGGCAUUUAGUUUUGAUGCCUCUCAUUUAGAGGUUCUGUAUCUGGCAUCUGCUCCACAGAAUGAUGUGUGCUGCAAAUCAGUAACCACACACCUGUAUUAGAUUAAUGCGCGUCAGUUGAAACAGUUUUUUAAUAUAUUGAUGAACUACCUCUUGUGAAAACAACGUUUUGCCUACUUUAUAUGUCUGCAUAAAUAUACACAUUGACGUUGAUUUUUGGCUUCGUGCAGGAUGGUCAUAAUUUAUUUUCAGCCAGCCUCAAAACAUAGCUGCAGGAAGAAUGUGAUAUGAGCCAAUGCAUCUUUGUAGCUAUUUAGGUUUAAUGGUCAGCCUUCAACCUCAGGAGUUUGAUAGGCUUCACAGUUGUGUUUAUUAAUAGGAAUAAAUUAUUGUGGUGUAAGGGGGGAUAAUGAAUAAUCACUUCAUAUCAUCUAUAUGCACAAGGUGCAUUGUGUUCAAUAAUCUCCAUAGGAAACUGGACUGCUUGAUAAUGAGAACCAGGCCUUAAUAGGUUACUCCUACAACGUUUUGUAUUUGUUGCCACAAAAAUGUAUGAUGUAGACUUUGUCACCUGUCUCACUCCUUUUAUAGAAGCUCUAGCCUACUGUACAAUCAAUUGUCAUUGCAAACACUUUCAUGUAUUUGGUUGUCUUGUGAUUGUAUCUUCUGCCUUAUUGUCAGUGGUGUAGUGGGGGAUAUAUGCAGGUAGCAGAUAUAUGCCAUUUACCCACUUUUUCCCCAAGGGCAUUGCGUAUACUCACUACUUAAUCCCCACUGAUGCGUAACAAAGUAGUAUAGUGAAGGUAUAUGCCAUAUAAAUUAUGUAGUACAAUAGAUACUUUAUUCACAAAGUAGCCUACACAAUCGUAAUAAAGCAUGUGAAAUAUAUGCACAUGCGCGCCUCACACAUAGCUACACUGAACAAAAAUAUAAACACAACAUGUAAAGUGUUGGUCCCAUGUUUCAUGAACUGAAAUAAAAGAUCACAGAAAUGUUCCAUACGCAUAACAUUUUUUGUGCACAAAUUUGUUUACAUCUCUGUGAACAUUUCUCCUUUUGCCAAGAUAAUCCAUCCAUCUGACAGGUGUGGCAUAUCAAGAAGCUGAUUAAACAGCAUGAUCUUUACACAUGGCAACAUUAAAAACCCACUCUAAAAUGUGCAGUUUUGUCACACAACACAAUUCCACAUAUGUAUCAAGUUUUGAGGGAGUGUGAAAUUGGCAUGCUGACUGCAGGAAUGUCCACCAGAACUGUUGCCAGAGAAUUCAAUGUUCAUUUCUCUACCUUAAGCCACUUCUAACAUCAUUUUAGGGAAUUUGGCAGUAGGUCGAACCGGCCUCACAACCGCAGACCACAUGUAAGGCGUUGUGUGGACUAGCAGUUUGCUGAUGUCAAUGUUGCGAACCUAGUGCCCCAUGGUGGUGAUGGGGUUAUGGUAUGGGCAGGCUACAGACAACGAACACAAUUGCAUUUUAUCGAUGGCAAUUUGAAUGCACAGAAAUACCAUGACGAGGUCCUGAGGCCCAUUUUUUAAGGUAUCUGUGACCAACAGAUGCAUAUCUGUAUUCCCAGACGUGAAAUCCAUAGAUUAGGGCCUAAUGAAUUUAUUUCAGUUGACUGAUUUCCUCAAUUGAACAGUAACUUGGUAAAAAUCUUUGAAAUUGUUGCAUGUUGCGUUUAUAUUUUUGUUCAGUAUAGUUUCAGCGGCAUAUCAGGCAGUCAAAGUGCGCAGCUCUCAUGAUUGUCGCAGGGAGAGGUUCAUAGAAUUGAACGGCAUCGGUAGCCGGUAGGGUUGGAAGAUAUUUAAACUUAUUGAAAAAGUGGUCUCCUGAUGCGGUUUAAAGUUGCACUAUGCAGAAACCACUCUGCCAUUUCUUGGUUGCUAAAAUUCUAAUAGUUCCCUAAUUUCGGGUUUAUGUGACAAAACAAGCAAGUAUAGUGUAAAUUAUCAGUGUACCAUCUAAACCUAAGAAAUAUAUUUUUCAUAACCAAACAUUUUCAGCUGUUUGAACCUGGGGUACAAAACCAGAAGUAAAAGAUGCAAAAAUAAAACAUAAGAACAGGAUGCAUAAAUAUAGCGCACAUAGAACAGAUCUACCACCUCUUAGACUUGCUUUCAAUGAGAAUGACAGAUCUAUAACUCACAUUUCUAUGUGAAUUUGGUUGGGUCACCCUAAAAGUUACAUAUUACAGCUUUAAGCAUUGUUGUGGACUUAGAACAUCCAAUUUUUGUAGUUUUUCUAUUAAAAAAAGUUAGAUGAAACCUGAAAAAACUAUAGGGACAUUUUUUCUACACAGGGCGCCUUUCCUUCAUUGGGCAGGCCGUUUUGAAAAAGAAAUUGUGCAAAAUUUGAGUAUACCCACUUUUCCAAGAACCACUACACCACUGCUUAAUGUCAUGACCCAGUCAUAUUUGUUGUACAUGCUACACUGUGAAUACUGUAUAUGUUAACCUGUUUUUGACAUUCACAAUUGCAAUCCUCUUUCACCAAUUCAAUGUGCAUUGUAACAUUCCAAUCUUCCUGUCUUUUUUGCUAAGUAUAUUGUAAUUUAAGUUGUCAGACCACAUGUUUGGUAUUCAAGCCUUCUUUAGCGGAGUACAAUGGCAGGUCCAAUAUUUGCCUGUUCUGUGUGUUCAGUCCUCAGGUUUUCAUAUAAAGGGCUUUGUCCCAUCCUUGUCCACUA